UAUUAACCUAAAUGAAUAAGAAAUUACAAAAACGAGGAACCAAAAGAUUUAGUCUUGCAACACCAAUUUAAGCUUUCGUUCAUUCAUUCGUCACUAAAGUCAAGUGUCAAAAAUGUUGAUGGACAUGUUAUUUUACUGUCAAGCAGUGUGAAACAUAAAUAAAGCGUAUGAGUUUUUAUAGAAAUCAUGACUUAAUACUUAGGCCUAAACAGUUAAUAUGAAAUAAUUUAUUAAAAAAUAUAUCAACUACUUACGUAUUCGUUUUAAUGACAUUAUGGAUGGAUUAAUUCACGCGGCAUUGGAAGCAGAGGUAAUAUUAAAUCGCGCGAAACAUGUGAAUACCAUCUUAUCGCCAUUUGACAGAGGUGUCCCAGACCAUAAAAUGACUUGGACUCAUGAUAAAAUGCAUUUUGCGGAGCCUGUCGAUGAAUCUAGGACGAAGUUCCAGCGGAGUGUUGGUGGUGCGCCAUCUAAAGCUGUAGAGAAAUUCGAUUUGUUUAAGAAAUUACAUGAGUUGUACAGUGAGUUGAGUCGGGAUGAAGUGUUGCAUGGAAACUUUCAAGGGUUAAAAACAUCAUCAUACUUAUUAGAAAAGUUACUAGCAAAAUACAAUCUAAAUACUUUAAUUGUAAACCUAUAUCCAGGGAACAAGGGAUAUUCCUUAUCACUUAAAAUCAAUGGCAGUUCACAGCACAACCCUGGAGAUCCAAAUACAUCAACAAGCCAACACGAGACAUUAAUAGAGACCCCUCGCUGGCCAUAUGAGGAGGAGGAUUUGCUUAGUUACAUAGACAAUGAAGAGUUACCUGUGGUGCUGCUGGAUUUGCUAGAAGCGGAACACUCCUGCCUGUUCUACUCCGGCUGUAUUAUAGCUCAAAUAAGAGACUACAGACAGGCAUAUCCAAGUUUCUUAUGUGAUACUCACCAUGUGCUUUUAAGGCCAACCAAUCAGAGUAUAAUAACGGACGCGUCGUGCAUCGGCGGGCGCUGCGGCUGGGCGGGCGAGGAGCGCGGCGCGCUGGAGGCCGUGGAGGCGGCGCUCGUGCACGCCGCCGCGCCGCCGCUGUGCCUCGACCCGCGCCCCGCCGUCGGCCUGCUGGCGGCCCGCCUGCACGCCGCGCCGCGCCUGUUCAACACUCCCCGGAUACGGCGGCAGGCCAGGCGGUUCUCACAGGUGGCUGUAAAUAGGAAAAGAAAAUUGGACCAAUUCACUCAUUACCAUGGUUUGGAGUUGCUAGAGCUGAUCCACAGACAGAGAGCGAAGAAUAGCAGGCAGUCCGUACCUCACACACGGUUAACGUCCAAAUUUCCCAAGAAACCACCCGAGGUAUUCAAGCCAAUAGAGUCCCCUCGGAUGGAGGCGGUGCCGCUGGCGCCGCCGUCGUCGCCGGGCGGGCCGCUGCGGCUGGCGCGCGCCUACGAGCGGCCGCGGCCCACGCCCGACUGCCAGCCGCAGCUGGUGGAGGAGUACGUGCUGGAGACCGAGCGCGCGCCGCCCCACGCGCAGGCGCAGGCCGGCUUCUUCCACAUCAAGCUGUCCAUCCUGCAGCGGCCCUCCGACCAGGAGUUCCUGGGCGAGCUGUAUGUGGACAGAGACCAUGUCGAGGGGGAGAAGAACGGAGCGGCCUGCCGGUUUACAUUAGGUUCAAGGCUACAAGCCAACAAGUACAUCCAGCAGUUCACGGAGAUCUUCACGGAGGAGGGCCGCAAGUCCGUGAGGAUAAAGCACAUAGUGCCCGGGCAGCUGCCGAGGGUGUCGUUCACUGGCGGCAUGAGGGAGAUGGGCCAGCAAUUGUUGCAGCAGCGCUCGGCGGCGGCCAGCAAUGCGACGGUACACACGCACGCUACUACGGGACCUGGAGAAAAGCACUAUAUAUGCCUUAGCAGGAACAGCAAUUCGUGGAUUCGUUUUCUAUGUCGGACUCAGCUUCGCGUCGUCCGACAAAAUCGAAACUCCUCCACGAAUUGCCCUUUCCCAGCCUCUACUAUAAUGUUCUAUAAUAGUAUGGUGUUAAGGUCGGCUUCCGCUUGCAGGACGCCGGCGAUAUCGGCGACUCCUAAUACUCAUACAAAUGCGCGGCAGCUUCCCAUACUGCAAGCCCAGCUGCAACAAGUUGCCAGCGCGGCCAACGUGGCGGCGGUCGGCAGUACGGGCACCGUGGGCGUGGGCACCGUGGGUGUGGGCAGCGUGGGCGUGGGCAGCGUGGGUGUGGGCGUGGGAGUGGCGGCGGCCGUGGCCGAUCCCGCGCUGAAGCCGUUGCCGUCACCCACCACUCCGAGACUGUCACCGCAAGUGCAAAAUGCGAGCCACGAGAUUCAUUCGACGCAGGCGUCGACAAAUCAGUUGCUCGCACAGCAGCUCACCAACCCGCCGCAGCCGCUCAACCCGCAAAAACUGCAGUCGGCCAUCAUACACAUACAGCACCCGCUCAUGUCCACCACGGGCACCUCGCAGGUGCAGAGCAUACAGUACUCGAACGCGUCGAGUGCGCAACAGAAGCCCACCAUGACCAAGCCGAGGACGACCAACCCGGCCAUCAGCGCGCUCGUCACCAGUCUCAUGAACUCCGCACAACAGUUCCAACAAGCUGCGAGUCAGAAGUCUGCAGUCAGCACGGCUAGCACCAGUGCCAACAAGACGAUACUGAACCUGCUGAACAGCGCGCCGGCCGCCAUGACGCACGUGUCGUCCACCGCCGACAGCGUCGAGCACAAGCUGCUGGGGCGGACCGUGUCCAUCGCCGGGGCAAGACUCAUCACUGCCACCACGGCGAGCCACACCAUGCCCACCUACACGCAACAGGUAGGUCUGCAGUCACCACAGACAGUACCGGCGCCAACAAGACGAUACUGUAGGUCUGCAGUCACCACAGACAGUACCGGCGCCAACAAGACGAUACUGAACCUGCUGAACAGCGCGCCGGCCGCCAUGACGCACGUGUCGUCCACCGCCGACAGCGUCGAGCACAAGCUGCUGGGGCGGACCGUGUCCAUCGCCGGGGCAAGACUCAUCACUGCCACCACGGCGAGCCACACCAUGCCCACCUACACGCAACAGACGAUACUGAACCUGCUGAACAGCGCGCCGGCCGCCAUGACGCACGUGUCGUCCACCGCCGACAGCGUCGAGCACAAGCUGCUGGGGCGGACCGUGUCCAUCGCCGGGGCAAGACUCAUCACUGCCACCACGGCGAGCCACACCAUGCCCACCUACACGCAACAGACGAUACUGAACCUGCUGAACAGCGCGCCGGCCGCCAUGACGCACGUGUCGUCCACCGCCGACAGCGUCGAGCACAAGCUGCUGGGGCGGACCGUGUCCAUCGCCGGGGCAAGACUCAUCACUGCCACCACGGCGAGCCACACCAUGCCCACCUACACGCAACAGACGAUACUGAACCUGCUGAACAGCGCGCCGGCCGCCAUGACGCACGUGUCGUCCACCGCCGACAGCGUCGAGCACAAGCUGCUGGGGCGGACCGUGUCCAUCGCCGGGGCAAGACUCAUCACUGCCACCACGGCGAGCCACACCAUGCCCACCUACACGCAACAGACGAUACUGAACCUGCUGAACAGCGCGCCGGCCGCCAUGACGCACGUGUCGUCCACCGCCGACAGCGUCGAGCACAAGCUGCUGGGGCGGACCGUGUCCAUCGCCGGGGCAAGACUCAUCACUGCCACCACGGCGAGCCACACCAUGCCCACCUACACGCAACAGACGAUACUGAACCUGCUGAACAGCGCGCCGGCCGCCAUGACGCACGUGUCGUCCACCGCCGACAGCGUCGAGCACAAGCUGCUGGGGCGGACCGUGUCCAUCGCCGGGGCAAGACUCAUCACUGCCACCACGGCGAGCCACACCAUGCCCACCUACACGCAACAGACGAUACUGAACCUGCUGAACAGCGCGCCGGCCGCCAUGACGCACGUGUCGUCCACCGCCGACAGCGUCGAGCACAAGCUGCUGGGGCGGACCGUGUCCAUCGCCGGGGCAAGACUCAUCACUGCCACCACGGCGAGCCACACCAUGCCCACCUACACGCAACAGACGAUACUGAACCUGCUGAACAGCGCGCCGGCCGCCAUGACGCACGUGUCGUCCACCGCCGACAGCGUCGAGCACAAGCUGCUGGGGCGGACCGUGUCCAUCGCCGGGGCAAGACUCAUCACUGCCACCACGGCGAGCCACACCAUGCCCACCUACACGCAACAGACGAUACUGAACCUGCUGAACAGCGCGCCGGCCGCCAUGACGCACGUGUCGUCCACCGCCGACAGCGUCGAGCACAAGCUGCUGGGGCGGACCGUGUCCAUCGCCGGGGCAAGACUCAUCACUGCCACCACGGCGAGCCACACCAUGCCCACCUACACGCAACAGCGCGCCGGCCGCCAUGACGCACGUGUCGUCCACCGCCGACAGCGUCGAGCACAAGCUGCUGGGGCGGACCGUGUCCAUCGCCGGGGCAAGACUCAUCACUGCCACCACGGCGAGCCACACCAUGCCCACCUACACGCAAUAGGUAGGUCUGCAGUCACCACAGACAGUACCGGCGCCAACAAGACGAUACUGAACCUGCUGAACAGCGCGCCGGCCGCCAUGACGCACGUGUCGUCCACCGCCGACAGCGUCGAGCACAAGCUGCUGGGGCGGACCGUGUCCAUCGCCGGGGCAAGACUCAUCACUGCCACCACGGCGAGCCACACCAUGCCCACCUACACGCAACAGGUACUGGGAGGCUACACAUGCGAAUCGAACGAAACAACGAACGUCUCGAGCAGCGAGAGCGCGCUCCUGGAGCGACUCAUGGGGCCCGAAGCAGCGCCACCUGCGCAGCCGCAACCGCAGCCAGUGUGUCAUGUGCAGGGUCUAAGCCUAGCCUCACUCCAAGGUCUACAAGGCAUCCAGGGCCUGCAGAACGUGCAGGUGCAGAUCCCGGGGCUGUCGGCGCCCAUCUCGCUCUCACUCAACGUGUCGGGUUCGCCCUCCGGCCUGCUCGUGUCCGUGCCGCCCACCACGUCCGUCGUGUUAAACCAGCCCUCAGUGCUGUCGCUGCCCAUAGCCCAGCUGAUGGGCGGCGGCGUGAAGGGCGCCGUGCGCGGCGGCGUGCAGGUGGUGCGCGGCGUAGCGGGGGCGGGGCAGGCGGGGCAGGCGGGGGCGGCGGGGCAGGCGGGGCAGGCCGCG